UGCUUUCUUCCGCCGUCGGAAAAUGUCGACUCCAGAUCCCAACUCCUCCGCAUCCGCAACGGCGACUCCCUCUCUCGUCGUCACCGCAUCCGAAACUCCGGCUCCACCCGCAAACAAUCUCAGACCAACGCCGUCUCAGCCACCUAACGCUCCUCCGCCGCCGUCUCUGCCUUACAGAGCCAUAGCUGCUAAUCCGUUACAACAAACUCAUAACAACCGCCCUAAUUCGUCGACGGUUCUUUACCCGUUUGCUCCUCAUCCGGGUCGAGGAGGGUUUUCGGUCCGACCCGUUCGGAUGAGCGCGCCGUUAGUCGGUUCCGUGACGGCGGCGGGUAAUCAGAGCGGUUACCCGGGUUUGCCUUACAACCACCGGCUGGCGGAAAGCAUGAUGCAGUUCAUGAGGGCGAGGAAUCCUCAGGUUCAGCAUCAGGUUUCUCGUCCCAUGAGAGGAGUUCCUCACUUUCUCCAACCGCGGGUUGCUCCUCCCCCAACUUCAAUUCUAGACACUGGCAGGAAUAAAAAUGCCAGAAGGCGGGAUGCGCUUGUCCUUGUUAGAGGGAGAAAGGUUAGAAUCACUGAUGAAGCUUCUCUCUAUUCACUUAGUCGAUCGUGGUUGAGAAAUGGCGCACAUGAAGGAAUGCAGUCGCAAAGGAGCGAUACAAUGAAACCGUUACCAAAGCCAUUACCUCUGGAUGUGAUGGAAGCAGCUGAAAAACCAACUGAUGAUGAUGAUAAAGAGGACGAGGAAUCUGUGAAGGACUUAACAGAGAAGGAUCUUUUGAAAGGACACAUCGAGCGAGCUAAGAAAGUCCGCGCACGAUUAAGAGAAGAACGGUCGAGGAAGAUUGCGAGGUACAAAGGAAGAUUGGCUCUUCUUCUGCCACAAUCCGGAGAGCAGUGCACGAAGAACGAUUAAAAGCUUUGUUAGGACUUGCUUGAGGCUUUACAUGACUCUUGUUAAUUUUAGCAUAGCACCACGUACCUUACGUGUAGGAAGGUGUGUUCUUCUUUCUCUCGUAUAAGAUUAGUAGACCUUCCAUAUGCUCUUUAGAUAUAAAUAUCUUUUUUUUUUAUCUGCAUUCUCUUAUAGAUUUGUUUCUUGAUGUUAUGUGUGCUCCAAAGUCCAAAUUCAAACCCUAUGUGGUUGUAUUUUUAAUACGUUUGGUCAUGUACAAUUUCUCUUUAUU